AGCGCGGGGGUGUGCACUCGGCCCGUUUUAUAUCUUUUGUUGUUUGUAAAUCAAUAAUUUUAGUGGCGGCUAGCUGUGUCCCUCGCGUUCUUAACACAGUAUUCGUGUGCCGACGAGGUGUUGCCGCGAGUUUUGCAACAGUUAUUUAUUAAACGUGAUUAUUUAUCGUGCAUCGAUUGAGUACUGGCCGUGCGAAAGUUUGUUCAAUAUUUCUGCUAAUUUAACCGUAGUCGAGUGUUGUGAUCACCACAUUCAGAAUCGAAAUUGGAUGAGCAUUAUGUGCUAAUGUGUGUGUGAGUGUAGUGUAGUGUAGUGAUAUGUGUUAGUGAACAAAACAUGAGUGUUGGAGUGCGAACACAGGCGGGGCCCUGGAUCUGAAUGAUAACUGCCGCUAAAGGCGUGUUAUGGAUAAGGAAGGGCCGGAGGGCGAGGCGGGGAAGGCACCCUCCGACGGACUGCUCGAUGCCGCUAAUCUAUUCGGUGCAUACUGGGGUCGCGAUGGCGCAGGCGGCGGUGGCGCGGCGGCUGCCCAGGCGCAGGCCCAGGCCCAAGCGGCACUCUUCGGGUUCGGUUCCAGAUACCCGCCCCCCACCACUUUGGGGGUCGCUGCCAACCAAGCUGCCUCCCUUGGCCUACACCCCGCUGCCAGUAAGUACAAUGGUGCAGCAUGGUGGUCGAUGGCGUCCCACCUGGCGGCGCAGGACUACCUGGCGAGGCUACAGGCUUCAGGCCUGAACUUCCCUCCUCUCGCAGAUCCUUACGCUGCCCUCUCAGCCCUCUCAGGCAGUGGGGGCUUGAAACAGCCACAAAAACCUGGGAAAUUGUCUAGUCGGAAUGAGAGGUCAGGCAGAAGCAGUACAUCAUCCAGCGCGUCCACAAAGGACAAGAGUCCAUCCACGGGCAGCGCCAACUCACAGAGCAUGAGUGAGUGGGGAUCAUCAUACGGUCUUCCGAAAACAUCAUCACCAUCAGCGAUGCAUCAUUCCCAGUCACUGUCUAGCCUGGCCUCGUUGAACAGCCUCGUGGCUGCUCCUCAUCAGAGCAAGCCUAGCAACAAACCGCCUUCUACUCCUCAACCUUCCAAGAAGCCAUCAUCCUCGUCAUCGUCAUCGAAGGGCAAGGAGCGUGAGCUGGCCCUCCUCCGCGGCGACCUCAUGCUGGCGCAGGCCGCGGCGCAUGGAGCAUACCAUGCCGCCGUCGCUGCGGCUGCUAAGGGAAAGAACAUGUCACCUCUAUACCCGUUCGGCAUGCCGGGCGCGGACAAAGAUGGCCGCCACACCGGCAUCGACUCCCUCACAGGCCUACCACACACUAUACUUAGUGCUGCUUUAGAAGGAGGUGAUCCAUCUUCAGUGCUGGGCGGUGUCCGACUGCCUCCCGACACUGAGAUUAUCAAGUACACCUCCUCACUGGCCGGGCCUAAGGCGGGUGCAGGCACGACGACCCGUGGUCGUAAGAAGACGAUAUCCCUCGACCCGCCGCACGUCAGUGUACACCCCGCCGACAGAAACGCACCGCUACCUAGCAAACGGCCUAAACUUGACGAGUACGGUAACUCCCGGUCGUCAGUGGAAGUGAUCCGGUUACCGACCAAGCCGGACCGUGCCGGACACAACUCACUGUCCGGCACGCCACCGCCUAACCUAUCCGAUUAUGCAGGUAUAUCUCGUGAGCUCCUGCAAACUAUAGCUAGUCAGAGUGGAGUGAGCCUGGCUGCGCUGGAGAGACAGCUGGCCGGCUCUGCAGAGGCUGGUUUGAACCUAAGCACAAAGAUGGAAGAGGAUUCUCCCCUGGACCUGGGCGUCAAGUCCUCCGUCGUGGAUGAGGACGCUCCUCUCAACCUCUCCUUGAAACCUACUCCUGCGAGUUCCCAAGCAUCGGACGCUUUGUCGCGACUGACGUCACUAAGCAGCUCUCUCAACGCAUCGUCCAGUCACGAUAGGAUAUCCCGACGCAAGCCGGGCGCUAAGCCUCGUCGCGUCGCUCCAGAAUUGAACCCAGUACCCGACGCACCGCGGCCUAAAUCCAGUGGAAGCGAGGACAGUGAAUCAGUUGCGGGCUGGGCAGGGCGGGAGGGUCGGCCCAGGAACCUGGGACGUGGCGUCAGCAAGCCCAAGAAGAACACGGUCGCCUCCCUCCUGGCGCAGAGCAGGGCGCUCGGCCUCCGACCUGCGCUCGCGCACCAGUUGCUGGCUGAGACUGAUUUGGAAAAACUAAAAGCGCUAUUAGGCGAGACGGCGAGUACAGACUCGGAGUGUCCGUCGGACAGUUGUCCGUCCGACUCGGACGCGUCCGACACCAGUCGGAGACCCAACGACGCACAGCUACGAUUGCCUUUGGCUUUAGGUUGGAAGCGUGUGACAGUGAUAAAGGGACUGUCCCGUAACUGCAGCAUCAAGGGUGACGUCACGUACUCCCCCCCGGACCCUCACGCGGGGAUCACAAUGCGCUCGCUACAUGAUAUACAGAAUUUCCUAGACUCGAACCCAUGUCCGCCGCUAUCGACGGACAACUUCAGUUUCUCAGCGCGCACAGUGCUCGGGGAGUACAUACAGCCCGCAAGCGAGGUCGGGGAGCCAUUGAUUUACAACGAGAAUGAAAUUAAUAAGAGACUGGAAGAAGCCCGCCUCCUGUCCGGGGCAGGCGGGCGGCCCACCCCGCCGCCACUGGACCGACGCAUGGAACUCGCGCGGUUACAACAGGCCGCCAGGGAUGCUAGGAGGGAUGCCUCCAAUCGGUCUAGGGACCAGGCGCGCCUAGAAAGAUCAGAGAAGGCGGAACUAGCAAAACGUGAGAAGGAAGCGAGGAGUCAACAGUUACUGGAGCAUAUCAACAAGAAUCGAACGCAGUUGACGAUCGAGCCCCUCCCUACGGUCUCAAAAACCAUGGACGAAUGGAAAACCCCCGAAAUAGUGAUGGGACCAGCCACAAAGACCAGUAAAGAGAGAAUCAUACCACCUAUAAGCCUAUCUCUAAUCCCGGUCACUGGGCCAAAAGACCAAAACUCCCCAAUAAAAACCUUAAAAUUCGACCAAUCAGGAUGGAAAGAGGAAUAUAACGCGCUAGACAAAAUGAAAGACUUCGCUGAAAAAGCGGCUUUUGACCUACCAAAGCGAAAAGACAAAAACUACGACUUCACCCUUGUAAAGUCAGCGGAAAAGCGCUUAAAAGCGCCCGAGAAAACGAAUAAUCUAGAAAAACUUAUCGAAUCAUAUUCUAGAAUAACCGAAUUCAUAAACGGUUGUGAUUGGUCACAAAUACAAGGGGACAAAAAGACUGAGGACCCACAGGCCAUAGAACAGAAAUAUUUGAACGCAAAAAACGAAUUUAUGUCGCAAAACUUAAUGUUGAUGCCUAAAGAGAGUCCUAAGUCAGUGCUAAAAGAGGUCAUCGACCUGAGUGAGGACGAUGAUAUCUUGACAGAUAUAAUGUCAAAGAAAAUAAACAAGGGCACGUUUAGUGUGGGGAAAGACGGGGCUUUAUCGAUAUCGGUACAUCCCUUGAGCAAGGAAACGAUGACAUCGGCUAAGAGAAGAAAACACGAGGAGAUAGAGAAGCAGAAGAUCGAAGAACAAGCCAAACGGCAACAGGAGAGGGAAUUAAAGCGGCAACAGGCCAUACUGCUUAAAGAACAGCAAAAGUAUAUAACUGAGGAAAGAGAACGCAGGCGACAGCAUACUUCAUUCAUCCGUCAGCUGGACUCCCGUAGGAGAUGGGAGGAGAGGGAGAGGAGAAAGCAUCAGAACCUGCUAGACAGGCUGCUGGUGAAGGAGAGAAAGCUGCAACAGAGAAGGAGGGAAAUGGAACUGCUUUCUGAGUUGAGGCGGCCACAAGAAGACUCCUCACUAUCCGACCAGAAGCCACUCCCGACACUACAUCGUAUACCCGGCCUGAAGCUCCCCGCGCAGGCCAUGGCGGACUUAUUACAGGCCUACGAGUUCUUGUACAACUUCGGAGAGGCACUCGGGUUUGACAUGGAAACCAUGCCGACCCUGAACACGUUACAAAUGGGUAUCCUCGGCGACUGCAGCGAGGAGACCGAGGAAGAAUUCAUUCAAGUUGUGUCACAACUGCUCAUCGUUGCCGUGGAGGACCCGGGUGUCCCACACCCAGGUAGACACACGACGUUACUAGGCCACGCCAUACGUAUGAGCGAGGUCACACACCAGAACUUUAGUGAAAUACUCCGGAUAUAUCUAUACGCCAACGCUACUGGGGAAGUCAAGGCUUUGACAGGUUUAACGGCAGAGCGAGAAAGAGAGCGCCGUGUAGCCGACCAUCAUCAAACGGAAGCGGAGAUGCAGCAUACUUGCGCAAACUCUAAGAACUCCGCCUACUAUGAGCACCUACACAAUAAUCCUACUUACAAACUGUCCGAGGAAUUACGCGACAAAUCGUACGCAGCGCUAAGCGCGAGCACUAAAGCGCGCAUAUUCGCGUACAUAUGCGACGAGCUGCUGCAGAACAAGAAGGUGCUGAGUAAGAUAGACUCGUCGCUGGAACAUCUCACACAACUGCGGAAAGAACGAUACCUUAUGGAUAUGAAAAUUCGGAAGGUCCGCGUCCUCCAAGCCCGCAAGGCGCGCGCGGAGCAGGCAGAGAGGUCGCAGGCACUCGCACUCGAGCGGAUGCAGAGACUGGUCGAUGACUCCACCAGGACCAAUACUCCACCGCUACAUGAUGAUGAAAACCAACAAACUUCAGAAAAGGAAGAAACACCGAAAAAGGACAAAGAAUCCUCUCCACACCCAGAGAGCGAGACAGACAAACAAUCCGAACCAUCUCCCUAUAAAGAACCACCCCCUAUUGAGGAGAGUGACAAGGAAUUAUCGCCCUUAAAGGACCUCUCCAACAGUAUGAAGAACAAAGAAAUAAUGAAUAACAAUAAGGACGAAUGUUCCCCGGCCGACAACUCGAAGAUGGACAAGGAUAGUAUGAUUGGGGAUUGUGAUGCUAAUUUGAGUGAUUUGGAGAGUGAAGGCACGCGACCUGAAGAGGAUGAAGACAAGAACCUAUCGUCUGAGGAACUAGCUCGCAAGCUGGACAAGCUACUGAAGCAGUCCGAGCAACAACAGCUACAGCUCACUGCAGCUUCACACGCGCUCCGAGCUACCUGCUACGGACAGGACAGAUACUGGCGUCGCUACUGGUCGUUGGGUCAGUGCGGCGGUAUCUUCGUGGAGGGCAUGGAGUCUGCCCAGCCUGAGAUCAUGGCGUACCACCAACACUUGGAGACCAACGCACUCACUGGGAACACAACCACUGAUGGGAACAAGAAGAAGAAGAAAGGUCCUCGAGAAAAGAAAGAAUCACCAUCGUCUGAAUCAGAGAAGCGAGACCCAGAGACAGAAGCGCAGAAGAAGGAAGAAGCUCUCAAGAGUGAGAUGGAGUUGAAGAGCAUCAAAUCAGAAUUGAACCUGAGUGAUCACACACAGAUUAUUAAAUAUGAGCCGAAUGUCAAACAUGGUGCUUGUAAAGUUGAAGGCUCAUCAAUAAAAAUGGAAGAAAAAUACAUUCAACAGAAGAAUAACGAUGAACAAGACAUGUUGGAUAUAGAGGACUCCAUCCCAACAGCGUUUUUAGUGCAAAAACCCACCCACAAACCAAUGUUCGCCACCCAAGCCGAACAAAUGGACAAACCACAAGAAAUCGUCAAAGUAGAGAACGUAGUCAAAAAUGAAAAUGAGAAUGAGAACGCAGAAGAAUCCAAAGACUCUUUAGUAAACAACUUAGAAGAAUUGAGAAAGAUGGCCGAAGCUGUAUCUAUACAACUCGACGCUGCGAAAAAAGAGCAAGAGAUAAAAGAAGAAAAAGAAAAAGUGAAGAAAGAGACCCAUGAUCCUUCUACAGCACAUAUACAAUUAUACUCGAAGAUGCUAGAUGGAAAAUGGUUCUCAAUCCUCAGACACGAGAGUUCAUUUUUGAACAACAUAAAUGACGAAAAGCAGGACUUGCCAGAGUUCUGCGACAAUGAGCAUACAUGUUCUGAAAUAAUAUUAUGUCAAGGUCAUAAGUGGGAUGUAUCAAAUAACUUGCAUUUGUUGAACGACCCGAGUCUAUUUACUUUGAACAGUAUGGUGACCAGUGUCCAAGUGCCAGCGAAUAAUAUUUAUGCAGACUCUAGUUUGACAAUGUCUGGUUUAGACCAGGAUAUGAUUGACAAUAGCUUUAACAAAGAUGGCAGCGUGCAAGAGACCGAAAUUGAAGAGGAUAGCAAGGAACAGGACAACGACUUAGAAAAAGAAUUACAAGCAGAUGCUUUAAAGCAGGAUCUUCUAACUCAGAAGGCUAAAGCCAACAGCCUGAAUAGUCUCGGUCUGCUGAACUUCAACGCGUUAUCCACAUACGUAACUUGUGAUAGUCCGCCCCCCAUACAAAUGUCUGCUGAAGAAUUAGACCAGUUGGAAUACUGUAAAGUCCAUGGGCUACCCAAGAAAAUUGAGGGGAAUUAUGUACCCAGGGAAUUGAGAUACGGCUGGUGGCGUAUUACGGAACCAGACCAGCUCCGUGAUCUAAUGGACGCUCUGCAUCCUCGAGGAGUCAGGGAACGAGAGCUACAUGCAGCGCUCUCGUCACAUCUACCCGUCGUUAACAAUACGCCAUACCUAGACAAGGGCGACCUAACAGCGACAGAGCUGAGCUUGUCCCAUCUAGACAGAGUUAUAGCAAUGAACGGUGGGUUCGCGACAGACACAGACUUCUCACCGAUCAUACAACGGAGAAUAGACAUGCAAUUGCUUAAUAUGGUGGAAGAACUAGAAGAGCGAGUAGCAGCGGCAUCAAUGCAGGUAAAGGGUUGGAGACCAGGUCGCGCUGGCUCUGACGGAGCUCCGACAGAACCUGUUCCACGCGCCAAGCACAAGUUGCAGGCACUAGAAGCUCAUAUAGAGCGGAGGUACCUGAAGCCCCCGUUCGUCCAAAGGUACGCUAGUACAACGGAGGCGACAAUAGGCGCUGUGUUGCAAGCUGAGCAUGGCAACGCGUCUGCACCGUCGCCGCAGAAUACUGAUGGAGCUAGCGAGGGGAAAGUGGACAACAAAGGCAUAGCACGUGGUCUAGCGAACUGGCGCGAAGCUCUAAGCAGAUGCAGUACGUCAUCACAACUGGCCAUGAUGCUGCAGGCUCUGGAAGCCGCCAUAGCCUGGGACAAGAGCAUCAUGAAGGCGGUACGUACCAGACAUAACUGUCAGUUCUGCCAGUCCGGAGACAAUGAGGACCAGUUACUCCUGUGUGACGGCUGUGACAAAGGAUACCAUACGUACUGCUUCAAACCAAGCAUGGACGAAAUACCUGAUGGAGACUGGUACUGCUGGGAGUGCAUCAACAAGGCGCGCGGCCAGCGCGUGUGCAUCGUGUGCGGCGGCGCGCAGUCCGCCGCGCGCACCAUCCCCUGCGCGCUCUGUGCGCGCGCCUACCACCAGGACUGUCACUACCCGCCACUACUCAAGAAUCCCCGCGGUAAAUGGUAUUGUUCGCAGUGUAUAUCCAAGGCCCCGCCGAAGAAACCGCGCAACACGAAGAAGCGUGACGCCAAGCAUAGAGACCUCAACACUAGUCUAGAUAUAGACCAGAAUAUGGUACCUAGUCCGGCGGCGUCCCACGCGUCGACAUCUACAACGGCGGAGGAAUGUUCCGGCAGCGCGCUACACACGCCGGAGAAACACGAAGACAAACUGGACGAUACCUUGCAGGAUAACGAGAAUGGAAUUAACCACGCUGGUGAGCUGAGUUCCGAGGAGGGUCCCCCGGAGAAGCGUCGCGCGGUGCACUACGUCGGCGGGAACGGGGCGCUGCAACAUGACGACACUGACGCACAUAUUGACGGAGAAGACCGAGACACGGAGAAUGUACCACUAAUGUCUCGCGCCAAGAAAGAGAAGAAUUCAGCAAAGAAACUACUGAAGGAUCUACAGUUCUGCAAGAACCUCCUCUGUGAGAUGGAGUGCCACGAGCACGCGUGGCCGUUCCUCCUGCCAGUCAACACGAAGCAGUUCCCGCAGUACAAGAAGGUCAUCAAGUGCCCCAUGGACCUCUCCACUAUCAAGAAGAAACUGCAGGAUAAUACCUACAAAUGUAAAGAAGAAUUUGCAUCGGACGUGCGCCUAAUGUUCAGCAAUUGUGAAGUUUUCAACGAAGAUGAUAGCCCAGUGGGCAGGGCUGGGCACAAUAUGAGACAGUUCUUUGACGACCGCUGGGCACAAAUCUGAUCCCAAGCCCACCAGUGGGACGAUGAAGACUCUACGUAUUCAACCCACUAGGUAAACAUUACAAAUAUUGAAAGAAAAAUAUGACGAAAUAUAUGUUUUUUUGUCAACUGAUUUGAUUGAUGGUAUUUUCUCUAAAUGUGUAUAGGGAAAAUAGUGUAUUAAAAUCUCGGAAUAUGACUACAAAUCGAUAUGAUUGCUACUUUGUAUCUAAUGCCAAAUGUUUUGUAUUUAUUUUUUAGCGCAAAUCUUUGCGCAUGUUUACGCAAGUUUGCGCAAUUCAAUACUAAAACGUGUUUUUAAGCGCAAAAUAGACAAAAACUCUAUCGUGUAUACGCUUUUUGAAUUACAAUUUCGUAAGAUAAAAGAGAACAAAUGGAUUUCAAUCUAAUUUGGACGUUAUACCUAUCAGUAUAAAGUCCAAUUUUGUAAUAGCAUAAUAAUAUGAAAGUGAUAAUGAUCAAAGGUUGUAAUUAAUGAUGGUAAGGACAUGAGGAAGCGAGAUAGGAAUACAUUUGUCUCUUUCUUUUGUACUAACUGUGAGAUAUGUUCUGGAUUAAUACCCGAGGAUGGGUAAAAUCCGUUUUUUUUGUAUUCUACCUACCCAUUAGUCCAAAACCAUGCGUGAUUUUAUAUUAUAUUGUGAAGAUAGUCAGUGAGUGAAAGAGAAAGCAUUAUAAUUGACACAGUAAAGACAGCGACGAAAAUAUACGGUGUGUGUUAAAUAGAUAAUACAAAUCGUUUAAAGUAACCCAAUGACGCUUAAAUUCUAUGCGUUUAUAGCAAAAUUGGAUAAAAAUAGUUAAAUUCAUAUUUAACUAUAUAUAAAUUGCAUUGUACCUAACAUCUAAAUAAGCUACUUAAUGUGAACAAAAA